AUGUACGUCCACCUCAAGGACGGGUGGGAGGGAGAGCUAGUCAGUUGGGAUCGGAGAGGAAGUGAGGCACACAUGAGACUGUUUCUGAGCAGGAGAAGGCGACAACAAAAGGUGUCAAGUAGGAUAGUGUGCUUUGGGCGUCGACCAGCGCUUGGAGUGGGGAAGCAACGUGUCGUGAUCAAGUUAGCUUUCGAUCUCGAUAAUGGGAGCACAGUGGCAUAUCAGGGUGGCUGCUGUAUUCGAUUGGUGCGAGGGCAUGCUACGACAGAUCUCUAUCACACGUCUAGACAAAACAGUGAAGACGACCUACCUACAUCAGUGGUAUGUGGUCCUGCUGCACAACGGCACUUUGAGAACAUGGGUUACAUGGAGGAGAUGGAAAGGCUAGGGAAACGAACUCUUGUAAUGCCGGCGCCAAGCAAGGGUGAGCGGAAACAACGAGGAUUGAUGAGAGAAGACAGCGAGGGGGAUGUCGACCACGAGCGCGUUGAGGAUGUUGACGUGCCGCCCGGUCUUGAUGUGCUGACGGCUUUGAAAGUUUGA